AGAGGUUGAGAGAGAGAGACAGAGAUAGACAGCAUGACUGUGGGCCUGUGAUGUAAAACCAAAUAGACAUCAUUGCCCUUUUUUAAUACAAACACAAAACAAAAAGCGCUAAAAAUACUGAAUAAAAACAAGAUGCGAUAGAGGGGAAGUUGUCUGAUGAAUUCCGUCAGGGUUUAGCCCUGUUGGCUUUUUUCAUUACGUCUCUUUUCUAAAACGACUGAACAUUGAUCAUGGGAGACAAAAUGCUGGGGAACGCGCCUCCUUUGUCUAAUAAAAAGUUGAAGUUGCAAAGCUUUCCGUCAUCUCGUGCCUCCUCGCCAGUCUCCCGGCACGUCAUCAGCCACUCCUCGCCAGUCUCCCGGCACGUCAUCAGCCACUCCUCGCCAGUCUCCCGGCACGUCAUCAGCCACUCCUCGCCAGUCUCCCGGCACGUCAUCAGCCACUCCUCGCCAGUCUCCCGGCACGUCAUCAGCCACUCCUCGCCAGUCUCCCGGCACGUCAUCAGCCACUCCUCGCCAGUCUCCCGGCACGUCAUCAGCCACUCCUCGCCAGUCUCCCGGCAGGUCAUCAGCCACUCCUCGCCAGUCUCCCGGCACGUCAUCAGCCACUCCUCGCCAGUCUCCCGGCACGUCAUCAGCCACUCCUCGCCAGUCUCCCAGUGCCCGGCACGUCAUCAGCCACUCCUCGCCAGUCUCCCGGCACGUCAUCAGCCACUCCCCCGGCACGUCAUCAGCCACUCUCCAGUGUCCCGGCACGUCAUCAGCCACUCCUCGCCAGUCUCCCGGCACGUCAUAAGCCACUCCUCGCCAGUCUCCCGGCACGUCAUCAGCCACCAGAUGUCAGUCCCCUCACCACUCAUCGCCAUAAUAGCCUAA